GUUUAGGUUAUUCCAGCUGGGUGAAAAAGCAGGAAGGAAGACUAACAGAUAAGCACUGACCCAAACAGAGCCAAGGAGAGUUCAGGUGUGCCUCUAAUUCAGCAAAGACGAUGGCUGGCGCGUUCGUGUGGAACUUCUUCGUCCCUCCGCCGAGCGGUGAUCUCCCCAAACUGGUGGAGUACUGGUUCUACAUCGGGAACCACGCCGUCAACCAUCACCCGGACUUCCUGGCGACUCACCUGCACAAGAACCUCGACCCAAACCCUAAGUUCGUCUAUGUGAACUUCGGGAUCUUCAAAACCGACGGGUUCAUCUCUGGGAGAGGCAGGACAGAAGACAUGAAGCGUGUCUUCAUGGAAGCCCGCAAAAUCAAAGAGGAUGCCAAAGGCUUGAUGGGUGGUUUUGUGGAGGCCGCUGUGUCCACGGGGAAGUCACCAUACCCAUAUGAACGUCCCAAUACCACUCGAUUCAUCGUCUCACACUUUACGGUGCCUGACGAUGUGUCCUCUGAGGAUUUCGAGGCUAACUGGCGAGACUGGGCGGGUGUGAGUCUACUGGAGAAGGAGGUAACACCCGACAUGGGGUACGCCUACUCCGCGCUGUACAGGAGGGUCACACCCCACGGACCCUACCGCUACGUGGUACGGUCCGAGUUCACAGGGCUACACGACAAGCACGACGCUGGCUUCGGGCUCGUCGGCAAACUUCGGGACUACUUCGGGUCCGACGCUCUGACGAGCAAGAAGAUCGAGGCCGACGCCACCAUGUGCAGUGUUGUGAUUGACAUGCAGAAAGAUUAGGUAUAUCAUCAGGAAUAAAACACAUAAAGCUAAAAAAAAAAGUAUGGACAGGAAUCUAGACUACUUUAGACUGCAAAACUGAUUACUGUGAAGAUGAUUUAUGAACUUGUAGUCUUGAGCUUUUUACGCUUUGUAGUAACCAGACGAAUACUAUGUGAUACUAUUUGUAUCUCAUAGUAUCAAUUUGCAAUGCUAGUUAAUGAUAUUGUUAACAUUUAACCGUCAUAAAUGAAGAGUACAUCUCAAUAGAACAACUCUGGUAUUCAGUGGCAGUCCACAGGCGGUUUUUAAGAAACAAUUAGUUGCUAUAUAAUUAAAAAAUUACAAUAUGUUGCAUUUUGAUUUCAAAUGGUGGCAUAAUUAUCCGUAAAUAUUUCUAUCAGGUUGGUGAAUUGGUUCUGUAUUCAAAAUCACUUGUUUACAGAGGUGUAUUAAAUUUUGAUAGAACGGUUUGCCUUUUGCAUUUGGCUCGAAAUGAUGUCACGCCCCACAGUAACUAGAAUAAGAUUACUUUUUUAAGCAGAAAUUCCAAGUUGUCUUGAG